UCUCUUACACAAUGGUUGGUGCAAAAUGGCUUUUAGAUCUAAUUUUCCAAAAAUGAUUUUACCCUUUUUUGGCUGGUGUGGCUUAGCUAUUAGCUGUAUAGUUAUUAAUGUGUCCUGUUACCUUCAUUGCAGCAGAGAAAGAGAGAUUCAACAACACAGCUUUUUACUCCUAACUCUUGCUAAAUCUUCAUCUACCCAAUCAUUGGCAGGUGGCAUAGACCCCAUAUCAUCACCCCAAACUGCAAAUCAAUUAAGUGAACGCUCUUGAUCAUGAAUUGAUGUUGUACUUUCUCUGUGGGCCGUUUGAUUGAUUAAUUACUCCUUUUUUUUAUAUAAAGUUUCUUUAAAAUUUGGAGAUGUAUUAACAGUUGCACAGUUUCUUUUUGUCUUUUAACAGUUGUGAUUAUCAGUUAUUAAAAAUAGUUGUUGUGAUUUGAAAAUCUGAACAUCCAAAACUGGGACCCAAGCCCACUGAUCGUCUCAAGUUUAAGUAGGAAUUUUAAGAGAGGACCAAAAAAGGCUAAAGUUCACUUCUUUGGUCGUAUCAUGUACAAUUUCUUACUAAUUGUCUGCAAGAAUUCUGUGAGGUUGUCAUCAUCCUUGCAUUUCGUUUCCUUGUGGGAGCUCUAGACACCCAUGGCAACGACAGAGGAAAAUGAGACAUCUAACGGAUGGCCACUUGGGCUAGAAAUCAUGACCAUGAGGCUUCGAGUGAUAGAAAACAUACAGGCUGCUCCAGCAGAACCAUAUUCCAAUGCACACUUGCGCUCACCCAGUUUUUCCUCGUUCACAUCCUCCAACCUCGACACUGAGUCUACAGCAUCCUUCUUCCAAGACCAUAGCAUGUCAUUGGGCCGGCUAAUUGGCAUUCAACCAGACAAAGGCAAUGGAGAAUUGUACUUCCCAAGCAGAAUUCGCUUAGACGAACGAGGAAGGAAAUCUUUAAAAGCAGUGAGCUCUGAAGUAUCCAGAGGACACAGACCAGAACUGUCUCAAGGAAUUUGCAUUCCUCUACUAGUUGGCACCCUUGAAAAGAUGAGCAGAAGCAAGAGCAAGACGAGAGAAUGAAUUUUUUUUUUUUGGGUUCUGAACGAGAGAAUGAAUUUUAAUGGUUAUAAGGCAUUCGAAAGGAAUAAACAUCAUAUCUCCUGUUCUGGUAUGUUCUACAUUUAGAAGGAUCCACUGUGAAUUGAAUAAUUAAUAUUCCUAUUCACAUUCAAAAUGAGCAUUGUUCCUUUUCUUCCUG